AGGGGCCUGUCUGGAUCCAAGAAGGUACCUUUCAGGAAGUGGUAUGGUUGCCUAGGGGAGCUAAGGUCACUGGCUCCUUCAACAAGCCGGUUAAUAAUUCUAACUGCAACUGCAACAAAGGCAACGAAGAGGGAGAUUUUAACUUCACUGCAACUGGGAGAAGAUGACGUAAAGUUUGUUGAACAAAGUCCAAACAGACCCAAUCUAAAAUACAGUGUGCAGUAUUUGGACAAAAACGAGACACUUCAAACUGCAUUUUCUGCCCUCAUCACAGAUUUGAAAAGCCAAGGUGCAAAGACCCAAAGAACCAUACUCUAUUGCCAGACAAGAAAGCAAUGCCAGAUUUUAUUUCGUGUUUUUGAGGUUUUCCUAGGUAAGAAUAUUUACCACGGGGAAACCAAACCUCAAAAUCAGAUUGUUAAAAUGUAUCAUGCAGGCACACCAAGCCGUGUUAAGGACCACAUUGUGGAGAACAUGGCUAAUGAGGAUGGUCAUUUAAGACUGUUAAUUUCAACCAUUGCAUUUGGGAUGGGUGUAAACUGUAAGAGAGUUAGGAGGAUCAUACAUUUUGGGCCCUCAAAAUCUGUAGAAAUGUAUGUUCAGGAAUGUGGCAGGGCUGGCAGAGAUGGGCUGCCAAGCACUUGUAUUCUUCUAUACAAUGGUCUUCUAUCAACUCAUAGUGAGAAGGACAUGAAAGAAUAUCUCAGCAGUGGUGAGUGUCGUCGGAAAUGGUUGAUGAGCCAUUUUGGUUUCAGCAAUGAAUUGCAAAGUGGCGAUCAUGCACAUUCUUGUUGUGACAUUUGCGCUACAGAUUGUGAGUGUGGAUCCGAGGAGUGCCCUGAUUUGUGGAGUCCUAGCAGAGACUCGGACAUGCAUCCAGAGAUAUGUAUUGCUCAUUCAGACAGAGAAAGUGAUUCUGUCACAAGGACACGUACAGUGUCUAGCAAGGACAAGAGGCUUUGAGAAAGGAAAUUACUAGAACUGCAAUUGAAUUUGUCAAAGCAAGUGCAAGUACAGACAAUGGUCUCCUGCCCUAAUAUGUUACUUGAAUUUAAUUCAUUUCAUAUCAAGCAAAUUGUUCGCAAUUGUUAUGUUUUGUUUAGCCUCAGGGAUGUGAUGGAUGUUGUGGAGAUCUGGAGGAAACAACAUGCAAUUGCAGUAAUGCAUGUAUUUGCUGAAGUUUUUGGUGACAUUGACACAAGCAAACUUCCUGUUGAUAUCAGUGGUGCAGAACAAUGCCGGGAUGAGUCUAUCAGGCCUGACUGGGCACAAGUGCGGAAUGACUCGUCACUUCUGUUCAUGCUUGACACUCAGGAUCUAGAAGGCAUUAGUUUCCUGUCAAAUGCCUCUAAAGACUUUGAUGAUUCAAGGAACUUAAAU